ACACACGAAGACGAGUUUGUAACUCCCAGAUAACCGUAACCUCACACAACAUGUCCAAAAUUCGAAGUGCCAAUUUCCGAUUUUACCGACAGCAAACUUGAUAUUCUUACAGACACAUUAGUCUCACAUAUGAUGUAGUGCACAGAAUACCCACAACGGCCAACAUUUGGUGUCCCCCUUUGGACAUGUGGAAGAACCAGAAGAAAGUUCCCAAACAGAAGAAUAAUCGAGGGAAGCGUUCUUCUUUUGACAACGAACCGAGCACUCCUUCCAAGAAGAGCGCCGGAGAACCAAAGAAUGGAGGACCAAAAGGGGUUCAGCGAGGAAAAAGUGGUCCGAACUGUGGGAAGGGAAAGGCUAACACGGUGGGAAAACACCGGAAAGAUAUUAAGGUAGUCAUACGAAAAAUACAAAGGUUGAUGCCUUCGGUGGAAAAGGCGAUUAACUCCACUGACGCCUACGAACGAGGAGUAACCGGAUGUGAAGCGUGCGAGAUGGGACAGGAAGGCUACAAGAAGAUGAUGCAACAGAUCAAGAUAAUAGAAGGAAUAGUAAGCGAGGUUGUCGAAAAAGAACAGAGGGAGUUGUUAGAUGCAGAUGACGACGAAGAAAGUGACGAAAAUGACAGGAAUACAAAGAAGCCGUCGGAGAAGAACAAGGAAAUAACAUGUUCCGUGAUGUUCCAAAUGUAUUGUGAAAAGGGGGUGAGCAAACAUAACCUAAAGUGUUUGUUGGUGACUUUGCAGAAAAUGAUGGGAGACACAAUAGCACAGAUUUGUUUCGUGAAAGCGAGAAAACUUGGAGGCGAAGAACGUUUUAGACAUUUUGAUAUCUCCAUCUCUGAUCUGAAUCUAUUGAGGUACCAGUUGACCGGUUUGACAGACGAUAUCAUCUCGUUGAUCAAGAAGCCCACGGAAGAAAAGAACCAGGAGGGAAUAAUCUGUGUAGCGUGUGUCAAAGAAAAGACGACUGGAUGUUCGGAAAGACUCAGAGAAGUAUUACAGACCGGAAAAAGUCUGAAAUUGGUGAAGAAUGAAGACACAGACCGUAAAAGCAAGUGUUGCCACAGAUCCUAUCCUCACAUACACGCUCAUGUGCAUGGCAAACCUAUCGUCUUCAAGUAUUCAAUGCCGCCAGAACCUCAACAGUCCAGGGGGAUCGAGGCACAAAAUAAUAAAGCGUUAGAGGUAGACGAAUAUGAGAUAAAAUCAGAAGAAUAUGGAACGAAAAAAGACAAAAUUGAGGCACAGAGGGGCAAAAAACGGGGAAGAUGGAAGGAAGCAAAGAAUGGAGAGACAGACGAAAAUAACGCAGAAAAUGAUGAAAGUGAGUUGCCGGAAGACGAAUACGAGCACAGGGAGUCGGACUGGACACACAGGGAGUAGAAACGAGCUGCAAGAGGUAUUGCAACAGAAGAUAUGCAACCACAGCCUACUUAAUCGAUUUUCUCUCUACAAGUAUUUGAGUUCGGUGGUCUUUUCUGAGAAGCAAAAUAAAAUUAUCUAAGGACUAAACAUUAAUACUGCAGAAUUACACCGAAUACAAAAAUAAAUAUAGUUAUAAUUCACAAAAAAUGUAUAUUUUUCUCAUUAAAUAAAUUAAAAUCAAGGCUACAUCUUAUGAAUGAUGUCAAAA